AAGAUUUUUGAGUAUUACCAAUAUGUUCAUUCCUCAGCAAAGUUGGCUGAACUGCUGAUUGAUUAUGGUAUAUACAAAUUAGCAUUUCACAACAAGAGAUGGUUUGCCCUCUGCUCUGGAGCAGUGGGCGAUGAGAUGGAAACUGACCUAGUGAUCAGCAAAAGUGAAAAACUGGCAGUCAUUGCACGACUUAAAAGUGCAAUGGGAGGAGCUGCUAGGAAAGCUAGCAACAUUAUUUAUUUUUUCCCCCUUUUUUGGUGUUUUACAAUUCCUUAUGAUAUCUAUAUAGUGAAACUGCUGGAUGGGGGAGAGGAUGGCAUGAUGACAACUGCUGAAACUGCUGCUUUGCGGGCAUCAUUUCGGCAAGAAGUUGCUUUUAUUGGCACUUCAAUGGGGACAUCCAAUCUCAAGAUUCCUUUAAAAAAUAGAACUGAUACUACUAUUCUGCCAUUGAGAAUGUGUUGCAUAGUUGUGGAAUAUCUCUCAAGGGGGACAUUAAAGAAGUUUCUUUAUGCAAAUAGGAAGAAGAAACUUGCCUUCCAAAUUGAGCUAUCUGCAAUCAUAAAUGAUUGUACAUUAAACUUGAAAAUAGCUGAUUUUGGUGUUGCUCAUGCAAAAGCUCGAAAUCCUCAAGAUAUGACCCGUAAAACUGGAACCCUUGGGUACAUGGAACCAGAGGUUCUUGAUGGAAAGCCUUACAAUAGAAAGUGUGAUGUUUACAGCUUUGGCAUUUGUUUAUGGGAAAUCUAUUUUUGUCAUGUUCCCUACAUGAAUCUUAGCUUUGUUGAAGCCAAAAAUUCCAGAUGUUGUUCGAGUUCUCUAUCUAACAUCAUGAAAAAAUGUUGGAAUGCAAAUCUAGAAAAACGGUCAGAAAUGAAUAAGGUGGUGGAGCUACUAGAAGCUAUUGAUACAAGCAAAGGAGGAGGGAUGAUACUAGAAGGCCAAGGUGCUGGUUGUUUCUACCUUGCUCUGACU